AUGCAUCCUCACUUACACACAAAAGACAACACGGCAUGCGAAGAAGUCAUGACCGCUCUCGAGGAAUGCCACGCCAGGGGCUUCCUGUGGAAGUCGAUGGGCAUGUGCAACGACGCCAAGCACAGGGUCAACCUGUGUCUGCGGGCCGAGCGACUCAAGCGCACCGCCGUCAACCGCGAGAUCGCCAAGGCCAAGCGCGAGAAGAUCAAGAAGGUUUGGUCCGAGAUCGACGAGAACUCCUGA